CCGGCUUAAGCAGUUGACAUGUUACGCAGAAGCACAUGCCACGUUUGUUGCUUCUGCUAAUGAAUAGAUAAGGUUAAAACGCGCAAGCGCAAAACAGAAUUUACAACAUGGCGGAACGUAGGAAAAGCAGGAAGCGCAAAGAUCAGGAAAUAUCAAACAUAGACAAUGAAGUCGUUCAAGAAAAGCCAUCUAAGGAAGAAUAUGCAGUAGCUAAAUGGAUUCGUAACAAUGUACCCUCGAAAAAAACAAAAUUUGACAGAAAUCACAAUGUCGAAUAUUUUACUGGCAGUCGUGCAGUGGAUGCUUUGUUGGAAAAUUCACCAUGGAGUAAAACUAGAUUUGAAACACGCGAACAGGUUACAGAAUUCCUUGAUUUGAUGUUGAGACAUAAAUUCUUCCAUCGAGCAAAAAAGGUGGUAAUUUCUGAAGAAGAACUAUGUAAAAUACGUGGAAUAAAAAAAAAAGUUAAAGAAAUUAAAAAGGACAAGAAGUCUACUGAAAAAGAGAAGGAAGAGAUUAAAGAUAAUAAAGAUGCAACAGGUGAAAGUGAAGAUAAAGCUGAAGAAAAGAAAAAAAAACCAAAAGUACGUUUGGAAAUGCAUAUGGAACAGUAUUUUGUUGACUGCAACGAUGCUUAUGUCUGGAUAUAUGAGCCAAUUCCCAUAUACUACUGGUUCUUUGGAACACUUGUAGUUUUAGGUGCAAUUGGUGUUUGUCUCUUCCCAUUGUGGCCAUUAACAAUCCGUCAUGGUGUAUAUUAUAUAAGUGUUGCAGCUGCUGGAUUCCUUGUAUUCAUUUUGGCAUUAGCAAUCAUUAGAUUAAUUGUAUUUUGCCUUCUAUGGGUUCCAACACUUGGUAGAUGUCAUCUUUGGCUUUUGCCCAAUUUAACUGCAGAUGUUGGAUUCUUUGCUUCAUUUUGGCCACUUUAUCAAUAUGAAUAUUACGGUUCUACGUCUGAAAGUGACAAAAAAGUUAGUAAAAAGAAGAAAAAGAAAGAAAAAGACUCUGAUUCUGAAGAAGCGCCAUCAACACUAUUAGAAGACAAACCUAGUAUUAAAGAAUUAUCUAAGGAACAUACUCAAAUCGAAGAAAUUUCCUCUAGUGAAGAAAACAAGGUCUCUUCAUCUGAAUUGAUAGAAGGAGAAGAGGGUAGUGAAGGUUCAGAAAGUGAAAAAUCUAAUACAGGUCGAGAUUUUGUGAUGGUCUAGAAAAGGAAUUGGCAAUAAAUAGUUUUGUUUAUCUUUAAUAUCACAUUAAUUAAUCAAUGAUCGAAUCUUGUCAAUUCUGAUUAAAUCUUAUACAAAUUCGUAACGUAACUAUUUAUUAACUGACAACUUUUGGAUGUAUGUUUAUUUUGUGAAAAAAAUCUGAUUUUGAAUGUUGUCGGAAACAAAAAUGAAGAUGCAGUAUAUAAAAAGAAAUAUGAUACAUAAAUUUAGUAAGCUUAAUCCAUUUAUUGCUUGUGCUAAUGUGUAUCUUUGCAUUUUUUGCAUUUAGUAUAUUACAACCAAUUGAACAAGAAAAUUGCAUCUGUAUCUUACACAAAGGAAAUUUUUGUAAAUUGUAAUGUAAGAAUACCAAUCUUGAGAUUCCAGUUAAAUUAGUGUAUUUUUAUUUAAAUUAUUAUUAAUCAACAUUUAUUUAUAUGUGUAAGUCUUGCAAGAAUUAUUUCACAAAAAUGUGUAACUACGUUAACGCAGAUGCCUGAGGUUUGUCCAAAUCGAUUAAAAAAUUGUUUGUGAUAUUUUACAUCGUAAUAAUGAAUAUUGAAUUUCAGUAAUACAAUUUUCUCAGGUCCCAAAACUGUACAGCAUGAUAAAUAGAAUCUCCAAGGACAAGACUA